UGUUAUCUCUACAAGCAAUAGAGUCGAGGAAAAUUGAGACAGCCGACCCAAUUUUGUCCAAUUGAUCACUAAAAUUGUUUCCCAAAAGAGGACUUGAUGGCAGUCAAUGUUCUCUGGAAAUCUUAACGUAAGAUGCAAAAUUGUUGAGACAUUAGAUACUCAUAUGGUAAGAUAUCUUAGUAACCCAACAAUGGAGAAUAAAUUAAUCAUCAUCAAAUCCUUAAAAAGACUAGGCUAUAUAAAAGAAUCUCAAACAUCCAAAGGACCACCAGUGGAAAAACGAAAAUUAAAAAAAAUCUAGCUCUUAAUUAUCUCAUCUUCUCAUUAGUCCUAAAUUAGUCGUAUGUCUAUUAUACAUUAAAUCCUAUGUAAUAAUUACUAUCACUGAAACCCACCACACUUUCUUUAUAAUAAAGCUUUCCCUCUUCACCUACAAUAAUCCAAACUCAUCAAACACCACCAACCUUACUACCACAACAUGCUUCCUUGCUAUCUCUACACUUUCCUUGUCACUUUUCUCCUCCUCAAUUCGCCAUGCAUCGCCUCUAGACCAAUACCGGAAUUUUCACAAACUCCACCAGCAACAAGUGCCAGUAACUAUUACAACAUUAACAACUAUACGUGGCGCAAUUUUAAUAUCUUUCUCAACGCCAGGAGAGGUAGCCACGUCAGCGGCAUGUCCCAGCUCAAAAGAUACUUCCACCAUUUCGGGUAUCUCCCCCUACGAGAUUUCGACAACAUAACAGAUACUUUUGAUGUCCCGCUCGAAUCAGCGGUUUUCCGGUAUCAAGCUAAAUUAGGCCUUCCAAUUACUGGUGAGCUUGAUUUUAAUACUGUAUCACAAUUAAUGGCACCGAGAUGUGGUGUACCAGAUACGGGACACAAACUGCAUGUUUCAAGAAAUUACGUGUAUUUUCCGGGGAAACCGAGGUGGGGUCGCGACAUACCGAUGAAUCUAACGUAUGCAUUCUCACCGGAGAAUUUAAUCAGCUACUUGAAGAUAUCAGAUUUACAGGAGGUGUUUAAACGUGCUUUUAGUCGAUGGGAAUCGGUGAUUCCAGUGAGCUUUAUAGAGAUAAGUGAUUAUAGUUAUGCUGAUAUCAAGAUAGGAUUUUAUAACGGUGAUCAUGGUGACGGAGAACCAUUUGAUGGGAUAUUAGGGGUGUUGGCACACUCUUUUUCACCGGAGAGUGGAAAAUUUCAUCUUGAUGCAGCGGAAACUUGGGCCGUUGAUUUCGAAUCGGAGAAAUCAAAGGUCGCAGUUGAUUUAGAAUCAGUGGCUGUGCAUGAAAUUGGGCAUUUGUUAGGACUGGCGCAUUCUUCUGUUAAAGAAGCAGUAAUGUACCCUAGUUUGAAACCUAGAAAGAAGAAGGUGGAUUUGAGUGUUGAUGAUAUACAAGGAGUUCAAGCUCUUUAUGGAUCUAACCCUAAUUACACACUUGGUUCUCUGUUAGAGUCUGAUAUUUCUACUAAUCAAGCCGUUCGUCUUAGAAUUACAUCUUCUCCAUGGGCCACUUUGACUACGACGUUGUUAACAUUGAUAUACAUAUUACUUUCUUUCUGCAUGUAAAGUUUCUUAAAUUCUUUUUCCUUUUGUUUUAAUCUCCCGUGCAUAUAUAGAAUCAAACAGACGUAUAGAUAUACAAAAUAGGGUAUGUAAAAUCCUAAUUGUCUUUAUUCUUUGAAUUAGUGGUUUUUCCCUUUUCUUUUGCA